AUGACACAAUAUGAUGUUCCACGGAGCUCAAGAAAACUUGAUGAGAAAUACGAAAAGGUUCCUCUUUCUGGUGGAAGUUUUACCAGUUUUCGACUUGCAUAUUGCUCUCCCUCCGAACUUUGGGAGUCUUCCAGAGUCCUAUUUUUAGGUCCAGUGCCUCUAGCUCUGCUUGAAGGCUAUCGAUCAAAAGUCGUUCGAACUCUUUUAAAGCACAACUAUCGAAAGUCGGUCGAUACUGUGAAAUCACAGUUUGAUCUUUGGUUCCAGGAUACCACGCAAUACAGUGAUGAAACAAACUCACCUCCCGGUUCAAGCUCCAAGAAGUAUGACGAAGAUUGUAGGGAACUUCUAGGUCACUGGGAAACGGAUGAUGAAGAAUCUAAAGAAGAUACUCAAGAGCAUAGUUCUUUAUCGCAGAUUGAUUUAAGUGCAGAUUCAAUUCCUCUUUCAACUUCUACCGUACAAAAGCAGUUGGAAAGUUGCCUUCAGUUGAAGAGCAAUGCUGAACGCUCACAAGCUCUUACUGAUUCUGAUUCAUCUCAUAAGCAUAUUCUACCACUUCAAAAGGUUGCCGGACCAUCUCGUGAAAAAGUGAGUGAAUCUCUCCCAAACACUGAACUUACAGGAUAUGUGUAUAGAGAGGUAUUCCACACUAAGCUCGCAAAAGAAAAAGAAAGAUAUAGCUCUUCUGACAUGGAAACCUUUGCUACGGCCAGGGAAACUUUUGAAAACAUCAACAAUAGUACACCCCAAAUGGAUUUCGAAGAUGCUUCUUCCUUUAAAGAACAUAGAACAUCUGUAAGGUUUGAAUCUCAAGAGAAAAGUAACUGGAAGAAGAAAGACGUAAUUCAAGAAGUCUUUCCGGUACCUGAAAUGAAUGAAUCUUUGAUACGAUUCCAUUUAAAGGAUUCUGACUAUGGACUGUUGAAUCGUCUCAAGGAAGGUUUUAUGAGUAAGGAUCACCAUUUGAAACGUAAUUUAGUAAAAAUGAGCCCUAAACUGCAUUUGAAGCAGAUGUUUGCAGGAUAUGAACAUGGUCAAAUAAUGAAAUUGGAAAAGAUGUUGGUCUUAGUAAAGGAAACUUCUGUAAAUAUUCCUAAAUCAGCUCUUUUCGAAGUCACGGAACUUGAACCUUAUGACACCCGAGUCGUCCAAAGAUGGAAGGAAUAUAUUGUUGGGUUACGAUCAAUAAAUAAUGAAGAAGAUUCGGUAAUGCUUCAGUUCUACUCCAAGAGAUCAAUAGACAAAAUCGAAGAGAUUAAUUUUACCAGGAACAACUUGGAUUUCAAAAUGAACCACUAUAACACCAAAGUCGCCCUAUACAAUACCCUGGAUAAAACUUUAUCUGUGUGCACCAAUGCAUUCAAGGACAAACCUAACAGGAUAUACAUUUUGAAAUGCCGUACAAGAUCUUCUUCGACUCGGUGGCUCAAUCUCUUGAAUACAGUAUUAGGAAAGAAAAAACCAGAUUUUUUUUCUGUUUCUCUCCCAGCUUUAAAUAUAUCGUUGGACAUGUUUAUUCCGACGGAUACUUAUCGUAAGCUGUUAAAUGAGAGUCUCGAGUUUGAAAGCUCCCCAAGAGUCUUUUAUAAGGAAAAAGGUUAUGCAAUGAAACCGCUUCCUUUUCUAGAAUAUAUUGGAAAACUUGUUAUUGACUCCCUGAAAGACAUGAAGAACAAAAAAAUCAUCAAUGCCAUGGAGUCAUUUUCAGAAUUGCUCAAUUUUGGUUUUACAUAUAGGAACUAUGACCGCUUAGAAUGGUUUUUGGAGGAGGAUCUAAAAUUGCUAUAUGCAAGCUGGCCCUUAUGCAAAACACAUGUGCUGGAAAUGAGAAAACUAGAACAUUAUCCUCGUGAAGUGAAAAGCGAUCGACUCUUGUUACACGAACCUUCUCCUCUUGAAGGAUUUCUAGUUCGCUUGACUUCCAGAAGUAAUAGAAAACGAAGCGGUUUACUGGCGAGACCUGUUUACAAGCUAGAAUAUUUCUUCACCAAUGAUAACCUACUUUUCUUUUCCAGAUACUACAAAGCGGUUCCUCCAUUGCGAUCAUUUAAGGUGUUUAUGGCUGAGGAACACGAUAUGGAUAACGACUCCUUAGAGGACUUGGCUAGCAGAGAUGAAGUUUACGAACAUUGUCCCUACCCGAUUGAUGAUGACGGGCACAUAAAGUGGCUGAAACCUGGUGUUUCUGCUCAUACAGUCCAAGAAGGUGAUUUAAAGGCAUCGGAUGAACUAAAGAGGCGAAUCAUCUCACUUAUGAAGACGGAGAGUGCUAUCAACUUAUGCGAUGUCGUCGAAGUUGUCCCAGUACCACCAAGUAGAGUUCCAGCAAUCGUGGGAAUUGCAAAAGAGCUAACUUGGAGAGCCAUUGUUUCUGAGCCCAAGAAUCAAGAGGACAACACUUCAUUUGAGUUGGUCCUCUCUGAUAACGCUAGAGUGAUGUUAACUGCAGCCACGACAGCCGUGAGAGAUUUGUGGGUAUCAAAACUCAGUGAGCUAAUCCAGUACUGGAAAUUGCGGAAACGCAAAGAUACUGUUCAGAUGUUGGAAGUAUGUGAGAAAAACCUCAAGACUUUAAAGAUUCCACGCAAUAUGGACCAGUUUGUCCCCAACGGCCCAAUAUGGGAGAGUUCAAGAGGAGAAGCAAACACUAAAGCCUAUAAUAUCAGCCACAGGGUACUCUCUAGAUCCCUAGUUAUGAGUGGUAUACUAUAUCAAAAACCUAAGAAGCACGCCAACUUCAGAAAGUACUUUAUCGUUUUAUGCUCCGGAUAUCUAAUUCUGUUUCAUAUUUACAAGAGGGGUUUUGGAGCUAGGGCUCAACCGACAGCUUUUUAUUCUCAUUACCUGUCUAUCCCCAUCAAAAACUGUUAUGUCUAUACGGGCACUAAUACCUCUUUAGACCUUCUUUCCAAAUCCUUAAAGACUGAGGUCGAUACGAAGGGAUCUCAGGGUGUUCCUCUUUUGCAUGAUGAUGGAUGGUAUUCCAUUGAGAACGCUUCGUCCAGAUGUUUCACUCUUUGGUUCGGAACAAAGAGAUUGAUAAGUGGAAACGUGGCAAGAAAAAUGGAAGAAGGGCGAAUCUCGAUUGCUAAUGGAACAGGAUCAGUUCGAAACCCAGGUAUCAUUAGAACUGCAAGUAGGUUAGGUGUUACGGGAAAUAGUAUGGUGUUCAUGGCCCGAUCAAGGCAAGAAAGGGACAUGUGGGUCACUCGAAUAAUCAAUGAGAUAGAGAAGCUGAGAGGUCCACUUGGUGAGCAGCUUUCAGUUCUAUAG